AUACGUUCUCUCGCAGUUUACUGAGUGAAUUGAAAGAGCAUACACACACAGUGGUCGUUGCAAUCGUUUUUUUUUUUUACUGUCGUUCAAAUCCGGAAUCGACUAAAAAAAAAAACAUAUUUUUUUUGCUGCUCGUCGCGAAUCAAAAAGGAAUUAAAUUCUAAUUUAUCUCACACAAAAAUUAAAUAACCAUUAUCCACCUGAGAGAAAUAACAUAAGGGUGCAAAGUGCGAUGGAACACGACAAUGAUCAAUGAGAGUAAAUUGAGUGCAUUUUCCGUCUAUUUUCUUUAUCCUUCAUCAUCAUCAUCGUUGUCGGGCUAAACCCGGGUUUUUUCUCCUCUCUGCCCUACCCCUCCCAUCGAAAAACCAAAUACAACAAAAAAAUAUUCUCUCAGCAAUUAACUUGGCCCCAAAAAUUAAGAAAAAAGAAGGAAAAAUUUAGCAACACAAAGUGAAAAUUUUCAGUGAAGAAAUAUUUUCAAAAAAAAAUCUAACAAAAAUAUGUGCGUUUUUUUCGAGUGAUUAAUCGUCGCUGGAGCUUGAAUAAAAAAAUAAAUUGAAAAAAAAAAUCUGAUUCUGGUUUUCUUUUUUUCUCCUGCAUCAAACGUCUCGUAGUCUUUUUUUCUGUGUGUUUUUUGAUUCCUCUUUCUGCACAUCACACUCGACUCAAAUCUUUGUGUUUUAUUAUUUUUUUUACUUCAAUUCAAUUUUUCUUGGUUUUUAUCUUGAAUAACAAAAAAAAAAAAACGAAGAAAACGCGAGAACGAGAAACAAGAAUAUACAAAAUAAAGAGCAAAAGUAACGAGUAAAAAAAAUAAAUAAAAUAAAAAGAAUCACCUGCGCCAUAUUAUUAUCCUCUUCUCUCAACUCGAUUUGGUUCGUUCCUUUUUCCUGUUUCACUCAGUUCGUUCGUUUUGUUACGUGUGUGGAUUUUAUUUUUUUUUUUGUUGGAACAACGUAGACUUGGAGUUCGACUGACGUUCGCCAACAACAACAACAACAACCAUCAAAAACGACACGACGAGGAAGAAAAGGAUUUUCCUCCCAGUUUCGUCGUUGGUUUUUUUUUUUUUUUUUGUUGAUUAUUAUUAUUCUCUUUUAAACCAUAUUCUGGGAUUUCGCAGCACAGGCACAAAAACAGCGGAGGACGUCAUUCAAAAUGAGUUGGGGUACUGAACUUUGGGAUCAGUACGACAACUUAUCGAUACACACAAACAAAGGUAUUGAUUUUUUAGACAAAUAUGGAAACUUUGUACGUGAAAGGCUUGCGAUAGAAAGUGAUUAUGCGGCGAAAUUAAGGCGACUAGUUAAAAAUUACCAACCUAAAAAGAAAGAAAAAGAUGAAGAAGAAAAUGAAUUCACAUCAUGGCAAGCAUUUCGAAAUGUGCUCAAAGAAAUCGGUGACUUGGCCGGUCAAAGAGAAGUUGUCGCCGAAUCAUUACAACAACAAAUUAUUCAGGGUAUAACGUUGCUGUCAAAAACAUUACGCGAGGAUAGAAAAAAAUGCUUAACAGAUGGCACACAUUUACAACAAAUCCUACAAUCACAAUUAGGAUCGCUGGAAAGAGCUAAGCGAACAUAUGAAAAAGCAUACAAAGACUCGGAAAAGGCUGUGGAUAAUUAUAAGAAAGCAGAUAUGGAUUUAAAUCUCAGCCGGGCUGAAGUUGAACGAUAUAAAAAUAUUAUGACAUCAAAAAUUCAACAAUCGGACGAUGCAAAAAAUGAAUAUGCAAAUCAGUUGCAAAAAACAAAUAAUUUACAACAGCAGCACUUUAAUGUGCUGUUGCCAAAUGUGUUUAAUAAAUUACAAGAACUCGAUGAAAAACGAACCCGCGGUAUUCGAGAAUUUAUUAUAAGUUCGGCUGAUGUUGAGUCAUCUGUUGCACCCAUUAUUGCUAGUUGUUUGGAAGGUAUUGUGAAAGCUGGCGAGUCAAUUAACGAAAAACAAGAUUCGUUAAAAGUUAUAGAAAGAUAUCAGUCAGGAUUCACAAUACCAACAGAUAUACCAUUUGAGGAUCUCUCCAAAUCUAAUCCAGAUGCAUUAGCGGAACAAAAUCAUACUCACAUACCACUUAAUAAACACACAAUUAAAGGAACAGUGAGUGGUGGUAAAAUGAAGAAACGAGGAGGAAUUUUGGGCAAUAUAUUAUUUGGUAGUAACAAGGAUUUGAACGAUAGAACGACCGGAAUUGUACAAGUCCACCACCUCAAUAAUAAUUUUGAAAAAUUAAAUUUUUUUCUCAAUAAGUGGAAAAUGUUAACCACAAACAGGUCUAGCCCAAAUUCUUUAUCUGCGGACGGCAUGAAGGAAGAUUUUAGUGAUUUACCACCAAAUCAACAACGCAAAAAGCUACAAGCUAAAAUACGAGAGCUGCAACAAAAAAUCGCUCAAGAAACAGCCGCACGUGAUGGUCUCAUGAAAAUGAAAGUUGUUUAUGAAGCCAAUCCAUCGUUGGGUAAUCCAAUGACAAUUGAAGGUCAACUCAAUGCAUCCGAAACUAAUCUUACCAAUUUGAAUGAUGAUUUGAAGAAAUUCCAAGGAUACCUUGAGAAGGUAAACAGUGCGCAUGUGGCGAAUAAUAGUCCACAAGCGAAUCGAAUUUAUCAUAAUGGUCAUAGAGUAUCGAGACAUUCCAAUGGAAGCACAGAAGAUAACAAUGAUGAUGGUGAUGAUCAGCAUGAUGAUGCUGGAAGCUUAAGCAGGUCAGAUUCAGAGGAAAAUGUGGCGCAAAUUCAAAAUGGGCAUAAUAAUAAUAAUAACGGCAGUUCAGCAAGUCCGGAAAGCGGAUUAGGUACAUCGCACACAUCACUGCCCGGCUCUGGUCAAGGUAGUGCGAAUGAAAAUGCAAUUGGUGAAGAUGCCUACUUUGAAAAUGAAGCUGAAGCGCUUCAGCCCCUUGGAACGUGUAGAGCCCUUUAUCCAUUUGAAGCGUCAAGUGAAGGAAGCAUUCCUAUGAACGAGGGCGAAGAACUGCAAGUUAUUGAAAUCGAUCAAGGUGAUGGUUGGACACGUGUGCGGAGACUUAAUGGUUCCAAUGGUUGGGAUGAGGGUUUCGUACCAACCAGCUAUAUCGAAUGCACACUAUAUGCUUAGAACGAAGUUUCCUUUUCUUUUCUCUCCUCAAAAGUUUCGAAUUACAUUUUAAAAAAUUCUGUUAAAUUUUCGGUGUUUUUUAACAACAAAACAAAAUAAAGAAACAUAAUGCAAAAGUGUUUCUUGUGGCCUUGUAUAAAAAAUAAACAAAAAACACAUUCAAACAACAAAAAAACAUUUGUGAACAAUAUGCCUUUUUGAAGGAAGCCGACGACGACAAAAAAUUAUGGCCAAGUGAUGAAUGAGUUCAAGACGUGUUUUUUUAAAAAGAAAUAAUUUAACAAAAAAAAAAAAAAAAAAAAUGGAAUGAAUGUGCAUAAAAUGGUGAUUAUUAUUAUUAAAUAUUUUAUUUUUAUUAAAAAUUGCUGUGACAAAAAGAAUUGAAGAGAAAGGAAACUCAAAAAAGAAAUUUUUCAUUUUUAACAUUUCUCUUUUCAAAUCAAUUAUCUGAUGAAAGUUUUAAUUUUUUUUUGUUAAAAUAUAAAAUAAAGAUUGUCAAGACGAAAGAUAGAAACAUAAAUCAAAAUGAUCAAAAUAAAAUCCUUGUCCAUUAUUAUAUUCUAUAAGAUCGAAGUAAACGAAAUGUGGAAGGUUAAGAAAUGAGUGUAUUUUGUCUAAAAAAACUCGGGUAAUGUUUAAUGGAAACGCAAAAAAAUAAAAAAAAAAAAAUAAUAACUAUGUAUA